GUGUAACCAACAUGUGGGUAAAGUACAAGAGCUGAUAGGCCACAUUCACUGCACACACACUUCCUGUUCAGAUCACAGCUCACAUAGUUUCAGCUUUCAGGAAGUGAAACUCAGACACUCGCUGCUACUGAGAGCUGAAAUGGCGCAGAAAGGAGUUCAGCUGGACCGGGAAACCUUCUCGUGUUCGAUCUGUCUGGAUCUACUGAAGGAUCCGGUGGCUAUUCCCUGUGGACACAGCUACUGCAUGAAGUGUAUUACAGGCUUCUGGGAUGGAGAGGAUGAGAAGAAGAUCCACAGCUGCCCUCAGUGUAGGCAGAGCUUCACACCGAGGCCUGUCCUGCUGAAAAACACUAUGUUAGCAGCUUUAGUGGAGGAGCUGAAGAAGACUGGACUCAAAGCUGCUCCUGCUGAUCACUGCUAUGCUGGAGCUGAAGAUGUGGCCUGUGAUGUCUGCACCGGGAGAAAACUGAAAGCCUGUAAGUCCUGUCUUACGUGUUUUAUAUCUUAUUGUGACAAACACCUCCAGCCUCAUUAUGAAUUGCCUGCCUUUAAAAAACACAAGCUGGUGGAGCCCUCCAAGAAGCUCCAGGAGAACAUCUGCUCUCGUCACGACGAGGUGAUGAAGAUGUUCUGCCGCACUGAUCAACAGUGUAUCUGUUAUCUCUGCUCUGUGGACGAACACAAAGGCCACGACACAGUGUCAGCUGCUGCAGAAAGGACUGAGAGGCAGAGAGAGCUGGAGGGGAGUCGACAAAACAUCCAGCAGAGAAUCCAGGACAGAGAGAAGGAGGUGAAGCUGCUUCAGCAGGAGGUGGAGGCCGUCAAUGGCUCUGCUGAUAAAGCAGUGGAGGACAGUGAGAAGAUGUUCACUGAGCUGAUCCGUCUCAUGGAGAAAAGAAGCUCUGAUGUGAAGCAGCAGGUCAGAUCCCAGCAGAAGAGUGAAGUGAGUCGAGUCAGAGAGCUUCAGGAGAAGCUGGAGCAGGAGAUGGCUGAGCUGAAGAGGAGAGACGCUGAGCUGAAGCUGCUCUCUCACACAGAGGAUCACAACCAGUUUCUGCUCAGCUACCCCUCACUGUCAGCCCUCAGUGAACCUACACACUCAUCCAGCAUCAACAUCCGUCUUCUGAGCUACUUUGAGGACGUGAAGGCGGCCCUGUCAGCAGUCAGAGACAAACUACAGGACGUCCUGAGAGAGGAAUGGACAAACGUCUCACCGACUGAAGUGGAUGUUUUACUGUCACCAGCAGAGCCCACCACCAGAGCUGGGUUCUUCAAAUAUUCACAGGAAAUCACACUGGAUCCAAAACCAGCAUACACACAGCUGUUAUUAUCUGAGGGGAGCAGAAAAGCAACACGCAUGGGACAACACUCUUAUUCUAGUCAUCCAGACAAAUUCACUGAUUGGCCUCAGGUCCUGAGUAGAGAGAGUCUGACUGGACAUGUGUUACUGGGAGGUGGAGCGGAGAGGGCAGGAGUUUUUGUAGCAGUCCAUACAAGAAUAUCAGCAGAGCAGGGGUGGGUAUGAAUGUGGAUUUGGACGCAAUGACAAAUCUUGGUCCUUAGAUUGUUCCAAAGCACUUAUUACAGUGCAUCACAACAAUAUCAAAACUCCCGUCUCAGGUCCUCCGUCCUCCAGAGUAGGAGUGUACCUGGAUCACAGAGCAGGUAUUCUGUCCUUCUACAGCAUCUCUGAAACCAUGACUCUCCUCCACAGAGUCCAGACCACAUUCACUCAGCCGCUACAUGCUGGAGUUUAUCUUUGUUAUGGAACCACAGCUGAGUUUUGUAAACUGAAAUAGGCUGAAGUCAUGUGAGGAACUCUUCUACUUCUUAAACUCAUUGUGUGUCCAUCAUUGUUGCUGAGAGCUGAUUGUUCAUGUCUUCACUGCACAGAGAUCAGCUGUCAAUCAAACAUUAUGGGAUGUGCUUUAACAUCUUCUCAUGAGUUGUUCUGUAGAUGUUGGAGUUUCUUUAGGCGGCGCUCCUUCCUGUGUCUGUUUAGCCAUGGAGGCUGUCACUGCUCAGGAGGAUUUCUGUUAACCUCAACUCAUAUUUCUCUGCAUGGAAAUGUAAACUUUGCUCUAAAUAUUUGUUGAAUAUUGAUAUUGAUGUAUUUGUAUGUUGUUGUUUCUCUUGUAAAGCUUGAGUCUUCAGAGAGAAAGCACCAGAGCUUCUUUCAUUGGAGAUAUUUUUUCUGGCCACUUUCUCAACAAUAGAGACAUUUAUAAUCACAUGUAUUAUUUUGACAGAUUAAAUAUUAUUGUUGCUUCCCAAAUUAAGUAACAAAUGAGUUCCCCAGAUGGUUAUAACACUUAUUUAAUCAUAAAAUGUUUAAUUAAAAUGAUAUUACUUACUGUCAUGAUCAUAAUCAAUAAGUACAUAAUUUAUUAUUCUCCUGUCAAUAGCUUAGAGUCUUUCUUUGGGAAAUACAUUGUAUAAUAUUACAGUUAUUGUUUGCAGACUAAUUGUUGUUGUUGUUGUUGUUGUUGUCCAAAUAGAAAGUGGGUACUCUGAUGUUUUAUAGAACACUAAUUAUCAUGAUAAUAAUCAAUAAGUAAAUGAUGUAUGAUUCUGUUUGAAAUAGCUGAGAUUCUGAUUGUGUGGAUGAA